AUGUAUAGCCGAGAUGCAUCCAUCGUGGUCGCAGUCGUCGGAACUAACACCUUGAACAGUGAUGGCGUAAGUUACAAAGCAAAGCAAUUGUACACCCACGAAUUGUACGACUAUCAAACAUUUCACAACGACAUUGGCUUAGUCCAACUGGCAAGUCCAAUCCAAUUUACCAACUUGAUAAAAUCAAUCCAAAUGGCUAACUUUGAUACACCUGCCGGAACUAGAGCAACUAUGACUGGAUGGGGAUACUUAUCGGCUAACGGACAAAUCCCCAACAACUUGCAAACCAUCGACUUGAACAUCAUUUCCCACCAAGAAUGUUCACAAUCAAUGAACCAAUUGCACCCAAUUAUCACUUCUCAACUCUGCACAUUUGUGUCAUACGGAAAAGGAGCAUGCAAU